ACCACAUCAGGCCUUCACCUUAUUUUUAUGUUUUAAAAUUCUUUUAAGCCAUGGAGCUAAUCAACACUAAACCUUCCCGUACGCACAAGCUGAGCCCUCAUCAGAGACACAACCCACAACGCCAAGAGCAAGUCUUUAUUGCUCCUCAGGAACUGCACCAGCAACAUCAUCUCUACACACAACAUCACCAGGAAAUGGUGGUUUCCUACAAAGAGUGCCUCAAAAACCAUGCAGCGAGCUUGGGUGGACAUGCCCUGGAUGGCUGUGGGGAGUUCAUGCCUAGCCCUACUGCUACCCCAACUGACCCUGCCUCCCUCAAGUGUGCUGCCUGUGGCUGCCACCGCAACUCCCGCCGUGACCCUUAUGAUGGUCCUGCUUUCAUCCAACCCCUGCCACCACGGACUAAUCCUAGCUCAAGUCCAAGCCCAACCCAUAGCCGGGGUCCGAGCCCCAGCCCAACCCAUACCCCAUCCUCACCAGUCCCAUACUCUUACUACUCUUCUGCACCCCACAUGCUGCUGGCCUUGAGCACAGGCUACUCAGGGCCGUUGGAUGAGUACCACCAUCACCUAAACCACCCAAAUCCAACGAUGGGAAGGAUAGAGAACCACAGCAACAACAACCCAAGUGGGAGGAAGAGGUCGAGAACAAAGUUUAGCAAGGAACAGAAAGAAAAGAUGCAUGCUUUUGCUGAGAGGCUUGGUUGGAGGAUGCCAAAGAGUGAGGAAAGAUUGAUAGAGGAGUUUUGCAAUGAAGUUGGGGUUGAUAGAGGAGUUCUCAAGGUUUGGAUGCACAACAACAAGAACACUUUUAGCAAGAAAGAGAUAUUAGCAGUUGGUAAUCUCAAUAUUGACAGCAACAACAACAGUGGCAGCAAUGAAGGUAAUGGAAAUGGCAAUGCUGGAGUUAGCUUUGAUUCCAAUAGCGACAUCCACAACAAUGAUUGUAGUAUUCAGCUUCAUGUUUCUACUAUUAAUGGGUCUUCAUCUGCAUCUUAAUUUGGAAACGAUGCUGAAAACUUUGAUAGAAAGCAGCAGGCUUUAGUGGGUAUUUUUGUUGCUUUUUCUUUUUUUCUAUUUUUUGGACGUUUUUAACCUUUGUUUAUGGCCUUAGAGUUAUUUUAUCUUUUUUUUCUCUUUUUUCGCUGAUUAGUAAAUCUAAUUAGUAGUUUGGAGGUGCAAGAGGAAGAGAACUGAGGAUAUGACUUGUGGGGAUAACAAUUAAAGGGAAUUACUUUGUCAUUGUUAAUUCUAUCUGCUAAUUGAUGUUUGGACAUAUAGCAUAA